UAGAAUUUGAUUGUUUGAACUUUUACUUGUACAUUAGAAGAAAUUUAAGUGGGAGGUAGAGUACAAAGAAAACGGUGAGAGUACAGAGGAAAAUUGUGGUACAUUUAAACAAUAUAAUUUAGCCAAAAUAAAUGCAUAGAAUACAAUUGAAUAAUAUGUUUGAAUAUAAUUUAGCUAAAAUAAAUGCAUAGAACACAAUUGAGAGAAUACACAAUAGAUCCUCUCCUUCCAUCCAUCUCUUUCCUUCAACAAAAACACAUGCAAUUGUAUAGAAAGAAUUUAAAAAAAUGAUAAAUAAAAUAAAAGGGAGAAAAUGUUAGAGAGAGAUAGAGACAUAAUGUGAAGGAGAGGGUUGCAGAGAAAAUGUUGAAGGAGAGGAUUCAAACCCCAAUUGAAUAAUAUGUGACAGCGGAGUAACUUCUAUUCAAAGUCCAGCAUAGAGAUGGAUGUUACUUUCUAGAGAGAGAUGUUCUCUCUUCUCUCUAGAAAACCUCCACCCAAAUCUCUAGGGUUUGAUGGUGGCCACCUCCCACCUUCAUGGUGGUUUUCUCCUUCCACUUUUAUGGUGGUUAUUUUCCUUAUGAAGGGUAGUAUCUCUUUCAUUCAACCUCACUCUCUUGCUUCUACUAAAACUAAGUCACUCAUCGGAGACCCUCUUCCUCCACCACGAACUACUACCAAGUCGCCUUUCUCUCUACCGAUGCGAUCGCCACCGGAGCCACCACCACUAAGAAAUGAAAAGCUUAUUAAUGUUAUUUUAAGAAUCUCAAACUCAACAAUGGUGGGUGUUCCUCUCUUCACCGGAUCUGCUCUAACACAUUUGAUGUUGACAACUUUUCACCCUCCGCCAAAGUCGACAUGGAUCUUUUACAGAUUCGGUGGUUUCGUCGGAAGCCGUUUCAGAUCCGAAAGAUGAAUAAGAAGAAAAAUAUUUGGUGAAGAGUAAUGAAAAGCAACUGAAAAAUAGAAAAACGAAAAUUCAAUUAGUUAAUAAAACAUGCAAAAUAAAUAAAUGUUUGUAUAAGAAGCUUUACUCCAUUGAUGAUGAAUGAAGUGAUGAAGAAGAUGAUGUCUCCAGUUGUGAGGAAGAAGAUUGAAAUCAAAGAGAGAAGUGAAAAAGAAAAAAAAAACAUAGAAAAUAGGAGAGAGGUUUGAGAGAAAAGUGAGAA